GUACAAGGUACCCCACAUAUCUACAAAAUUCAAGGUUCAAUAUCAAGGUUCGUUAUCACGAGCUUAAUCGACAUAACCUUCUUAAAAAGUAUCUGGACCAAAAAGGACGGCACAAUAACCAAACACCUACUCCUCAGCCUCAUAAAUCACACCUAACAUCGCAACACCCGCAGAAACAACCAUCAAUCAGUCAUCCAUCCAUCCAUCCACAAUGUCACAUCCCCGAAUCGAAGAAGUAUCCGACAGCGACCUCUCGGACCCCAGCGAGGGAGACAUCGAAGACUUCCUCGAAACCGACAUCCUGCGACAAAAAGCCCCCGCGACAACCCCCUCCCCAUCAUUCCCCUCCAGCAGCAACAGCAACAACAACAACCCCAACAACCCCAACAACCCCAUCCCCACCCUCCAACACCCCUCCUCCGCCCCCCAAGCCCAACAAGUCCAAGCCAGCGACAUAAAAGACUACCAAAUGCUCUACCCCGUAUACUUCGACCUAACGCGCACCCGCGCCCAAGGCCGACGCGUCUCCAAAUCCCUCGCCGUGAAGAACCCCCUCGCGCGCGAAAUCGCCGCAGCCUGCGCCGCGCUGCGCCUAUCCCCCGUCUUCGAAGCGCACAGGGUGCACCCCAAGGACUGGGCGAACCCGGGCCGCGUGCGCGUGAAGCUAUCCAAGGGCGGCAACACCAACACCAACACCAACCCGUACGCCGCCAACGUCAAAAACAAACACCACCUGUACAUCCUCGUAGCGCAGCACCUGCAAGCACACCCCACAACCGACGCGAGCGACGCCCUACGCCGGGUCCGCGUCCCCGGCCUCGGCGCCCCAAAUGACGACGAGCCCUGGCCGCGGCCUGCCGUCCCGCGCGGCUGGAAGAUGGGCGAGUUGUUACCGGCGUAUAGCGCGGCGAUGACGGGCGGUGGGGUCAGCGAGAACGCGUUUAAGGAUAUGAUGCGGGAGAUGCAGGGCGGAGGGGGUGGGGGCGGGGGUCCGGCUGAUAUGAUGAGUAUGCUUGGCCAGGGGCUCGGAGGGUUUGGGGGGGCGGGAGGAGGAGGAGGAGGAGCGGGGCAUAGUGGAAGUGAAGCUGGUGGUGGGAAGAAGGGUAAGAAGGGGAAGGGGAAGGCGUGAGAGAAAAUCCUAAGGCUUGAAAAGGAUGGCUUCUAGGAUGGGAUGGGAUGAGAAGAGAUGAGAUGAGAUAUGAGAGGUAAGGCUCCUCAAGUUAGACAAGGGGAAAUCAGUCAGGGAGUAUGGGAUAGGCUCCCAGUAUCAUGGCAUACCCUCUCCGAACACAUCUCUACAACACAAAGAUAAAUCAAUGAAUACAUCAUAAUGGAC